AUGAGGCACCGCUGGUUCUCACUGCUGUUUCUCUGAUACCUCCGUUCUCCUCCACACAGUGAUCGGGGAGCUGCGGAAUAGGCGUGUGAUUCUGUUUCUGUUACUCCAGCGAAGAUAACGUAGAGGGAGAACAUCGCCAACAAAACCGCGACUUUAAGAGUGACUGAAAGCAACUUAUUUAGCCGGCCGUUUCUACCUGACGACAUGGAGCACCAUUUCCUGAUGAGACUGUGGUGAGACCGGUGCAGCCCUGUCACGCCCGCAGCGCCCCCUUUCGGCCCGGACGGCCCACCACGGCCCGGCGCCUGUGAAAGGGUACCAUGUCAGCCGUAGCAUGUCGCAGCAUUCCUCCGGUGGGGGCGGACCCUGCCACUGCCCGCCUGAGGAUGGUGAGGGCCCGGGCAGGGACUACUACCAGGGUCACAGCGAUGGCCACUACUACCCUCCAGGCCAGGCUGAGGCCUUGGCGCUGGAGAGGCACCAUUCCCACUCCCACGGCCACUCUGGAGGGGGAACCUUUCCACGUUCCCACCCCAGCCAGCACCCGCCUCUCCAGUCGCUUGACUCUUGCGAAGAGUGCCUGUCUUCAGGUCAUGGAGCGAAGAUGCACCGCAUUCCCCCGAACAUGAUCGACCAGCAGGUGCCCUUUCAUCCCGAUGGCUUCCACACACUGCAGUACCAGCGCGCGUCCAGUGGGGGGGCUGAGCCGCGCAGCGAGAGCCCCUCACGCAUCCGCCACCUGGUCAACUCUGUGCAGCGCCUCUUCGCAAAGUCCCAGUCCUUGGAGGCGCCGGCCAAACGGGAGUUCAACGGCACGAGAGGAGGCGGGGACUACCGUGGAGAGAGAGGAGAGAGAGGAGAGAGAGGAGGAGGCCACAGAAGUGGAGGGGAGGAUGGCGGGGGUCACUAUUCAGGUCACCAGCCUCGUUCUGCAAGGAGGAGCAAGUCUCGGGAGCGUAGCAAGAGUGGAGACUCCAGGCACGAGUCAGGCAGACGCCAUCGCAGCAGGACGGCAGGCUGGUGGAGCUCUGACGACAACCUGGACAGCGACAGCAGCUACCUGGUCAGCGGGGGCCGGCGAGGGUAUCCCAGCGGGCAUGAGAGCCUGGAUGCAGCCAUCCAGGAGCUCACCAUGAAGAGGCCCAAGGAGCGUGGUGGUGGUGGUGGUGGUGGUAGUGGUGGUGGUGGUGGUGGUGGGGGGGGUGGUGGUCCUGGACCUGCGGAGUGCAUGGCUUGUACCACAAUGGCUCUGGCUGGGAGUGAAGGAGGGGGGCACCACGGCCACCACGGCCACUCUCUGAAAAGAAGCACCUGGUCAGCCAUGACAGUGAGUCAGGCCAGAGAGGUGUACCCCUCCACCAGGGGGGCGAGCUACGAGAAAGCCCUGGUGCCCUUGGAGAGUAAGCUGAAGGAGAGGAGCUUCCACUACCUGCAGGUCCCUUCAGAUGACUGGGGCGGGGGAUAUGGCGCUGGCAGUGGGACAGACAGCGGAGGGGAGAUUCCUUGUCGCCGCAUGCGGAGCGGCAGCUACAUCAAGGCCAUGGGCGACGAUGACAGCGCUGACUCAGACAGCAGCCCAAAAGCCUCGCCCAAAUCUACCCUGAUCGCCCAGAGGGAUGCCUUCAGACGGUCCAUCAGCAUGGAUCAAAGGUACUCGUGUAAGCAGUGUACAGACUCCUACCCCAACAGCCGAACUACACCCAAAACCCAAACGCGCUCUCGUAGCUACACCCGCUCUCUGACCAGCUCACAGCUGGGAGACACGUUGAACCGUCAGUUCGAGGCGGUGUGUGAGACCAUGUUCGGGGAGGUGGAGUCUCAAGCCGUCGAGGCCCUGGACCUUCCCGGUGUUUUCCGCACGCGCAGCCACAGCUACGUCCGUGCCAUCCAGGCCGGCUGUUCCCAAGACGACGACUGCCUCUCCGUCUUCUCCAUGUCGGGCCCCCAGGGAAGCAUCAAGGCCGGGGCGGUCUUUCCUUAUCGUAAAGGUGCUCCUCCGCCACUCCCACCUCGCAUGUCCAAGUCUUCUCUCUCGGUGCGAGCACAGAGCAGCACAGAGUCCACCCAGGAUGCCUACUUUCAGGGUGGUGGACAGAUGGCCCCGAGUUCAGGCUCUGGGCGCCCCAAACAGCACAGCAACUCGGUGGACCUGGGCAGCUCUGACGGCCCCUCGGGUCGCCUCUCCAGGGGGGGCUACUACACGGCCACAGGCUCACGCUCCCGACAACACAGCAACUCUGCAGAGAGUCUGGAUGGGGUCAGGGGUUCUCGGGAGCUAGUGCUCUACGGAGGGGCCCCGGGAGUCGGAGUGAGGGCCAAACACAGCAGCUCGGCUGACAGUCUGCUGGAGGGGCCACCGCGGCCGGCCAGGGAGAGGGACGGCCGGGGCGCGGGCAGCCUGGGGAAGUCCGUCUCUCUGCCUCAGAACAGCAUGGUGCUGAGCAAAGCUGGGGGGCAGGACGACGGGCGUGGGGGGAGAAAGUGGAGGCCGUCCAUCGCCACGCAGGUGGACAGCUCAGAGACUCUGUCAGAUUCAGACCCAGAUGGAAAAGCUCUGACAGAGGUCCACUCUAUAGGAGUCCAAGUGGAAGAUGACAAAAGGCGUGCUCGCUUCAAGCGCUCCAACAGCGUGACGGCGAGCGUGCAGGCCGACCUGGACCCCGAGGGCUUCCCCGGGCUCAGCAUCGCCGUGCCAAUGCAGGACAAGAGUCUCCAGUUCGGCUGUUCUUUCCAAAGGCACUCCUCAGAGCCGGAGUCAGCAAGCCAGUACACAGAGUGCCAACGCACUGUGCACACGCAGGGACAAUGGGCGUACAGAGAGGACUUACUCCAGGGUGGCUAUACCACGGAGGACUGCCCAGGGGACCCGCGGCCCCACCAGCACCCACACCUGCCUCCACGAUCCCACUCCCCUCUGCCCAUCACCUCUGAGAGAGCGUGGGCGGGGACGCCGUCACUGGAGGGCCCCCGGAGCUUGCCCGACUCUGGCCGCGCCUCGCCCUGCAUGAGAGACGGAGAGUUCUUCUUACGCCUCCUGCAGACAGAGGUGGAGAGGAUGGAGGGCUGGUGCCAGAACAUGGAGCGAGAGGCAGAGGAGAACGAACUGCCAGAGGAAGUUCUUGAGCUGAUACGAAAUGCAGUUGGCAGUGCCCAGAUGCUCAUGUCUCAGAAAGUCCAGCAGUUUUUCCGCCUCUGCCAACAAAGUGUGGACCCUUCAGCGUACCCUCAGCCCACCUCUCAGGACCUGGCAGGCCUCUGGGACCUGCUCCAGCUUAACAUAGAGGACGUCAGGGUCAAGUUUCAGGACCUCCAGAGGCUCAAGGACUCUGGUUGGAGGCUCCCACCUGAAAAGAAGGAGGAUAAGAAGCUUCCUCCUCCCUUACCAAAGAAGCCAGCAGGUGGGGUGAGUGGCAGCCUCCGGGCGGAUAGCGUCGGGGAUGUGAUCGGCGGCGGUGGAGGAGGAGCUGGGUCGGGGGGCCUGGUGGUUCCUCGCAUUGGUGGACAAACCCUACCCAUGAGGGAGAAGUCCCUGGACCUCGGGGACCGUCAGAGGACAGAAGCGAGGAGGAGGCUCCUGCAGACCAAGCGUACCGCUUCCUUCAGGCAGAACUCGGCCACAGAGAGCGCAGACAGCAUCGAGAUCUACAUCCCCGAAGCCCAGACUCGACUCUGAACACAAAGCCCCCUCACCUCCUCACUCACCCUCAGCCCCCCUGAAGCUGACCUGUCUCAGUCUUUCUCUGAGUUUUUGAAUCUUCUACAGGUCAUCGCUAUUUAUCUGAUACCCUCCCUUGAGCAUCACUUCACUUCUCACAACUACAAUUCACUACUCUUGCUCAUUAAACAAGCAAUGACAGCCAUUUUAGUGUCUUGAAAUUUGGAAAUGUUACUGACACAGAAGCCUAGACCUGAAAUGGUAGCUAGCAGAUAUGAGUUAUAGACUUUUUUAAGAAUUUCCUUUUGGCUGACAAGCAAGAAACAGUCCACUUUUAUAGCAGUAGUCAGCGGAGGUUCACGCAGUAGUAGCAUGCCUGUGCGUGUUCACCCAGCACUUCUCCAUCACUGAAAAUAAAGGGCUUAACGGGAACAUAACCUCUGCGGAGAUGACAGAACCUCCCUAAAGAUCUCCUGUUGCCAUUUCCUGAAUGCUACCAGUAUGGAUGAAUAAACAUGGAUUCAUUUCUCACCAUCAGUUUAAAUGCCCUAAAGUCAGAUGGUUGGCAAUCCCCAAAGAACAUUCUCCAAGCAUAGUCAGUCAACUACAGCUGGCACUUUUCACCCAGUUACCAUCUGUCCACCCAGGCAGCCAGUCAAAAGAAUAUGAAACUAUUUUCUGUCACUUUCCCUCACUCCUCCUGCCUAUCCAUGGCCUCCCCUCAUCAUUCAGCUGUGAGGCUGUUUGAAUGUGCAAGUGCUAUUUGUACAUAGUGUGCACACUCGUGUUUGCCAAAAGGAGCUUUUGCGGUGUAGCAUCACAGCCUUGACAGCUAGAGAGCAACACAAACACACACACAAAUUGCUUUUCCGCUUUUUAUGUAGUCUCUCUGAAGUUUCAACUGUUCAGGGGUGGGGUUGCAGGGAAUAUUUAGGGGGAUAUGUUUGGUGGCUUUUCAGGACUUUACUGAUACGGUCCCUAUUUCACUGUGAGAUUAUAGCACCACCGAGUGGUCAAAUGAGGGCCCAAACCAACAACAGUGGUCUGCAGAGAGCUCUUUCAACCUCAGUCAGGAAUUAUCAAACGCCCUGAUGAAACAGCCAUGAAAGAAGUUCUGUUUCUUUUUUUUCUCUUCUCUUCUCUCAUAUCUUCAGAAUGGACUUGAUAUGUUUGCAUAAAAAGCAGAGGAUCACAAAGUAAAAGUGGGGAGAGCUAGGAAGCAGAAUCCAAUCCACGCCUAACUACAAUCCUCUUAGUUUCAAACGCCGCUGACGGAAAAAGGAAAUUAUGUAUCAGAAUCGAAAGAAAACUAAAUAAGUCGUUUUUAAUGUAGCUCCUCCCCAAAGCCUGUCCAAAGAGAGGAAAACCACUUGUGGUGAAAUGAUAGACACAAAGGCAACUUGAUAGUGAGAUUAGGUUACACUUGGUUUGAAUGGAGUUAUACUAUGUUUGUUGCACUGUGUGUUCCUUACCCUUCCUCUUUAUUUAUUUCUUUGUUGGCUGGUGUUCCAGUUAGGCACGAUUUUAAAAGCUAUGAAAGGGUCUUAUUUAUUUAUAUGUGCGAACAGAUAUUUCGGUAGUGUUUUGUGUGUGUGUGUGUGUGUGUGUGUGUGUGUGUGUGUGUGUGUGUGUGUGUGUGUGUGUGUGUGUGUGUGUGUGUGUGUGUGUGUGUGUGUGUGUGUGUGUGUGUGUGUGUGUGUGUGUGUGUGUGUGGGUGUGUGUGGGUGUGUGAGAGAGGAUGUGUGUCAUAAGGGACGAAGCCCAAUGGAAAAGUCCAAGUCAGCAGUUUGAAAUAGAAAAAAAAACACAUUUUAAGAACCUUUUAGCAUGACCUGUUUUUUUCCUUUUCUAACACUUGGAUUUGGAAUGUGUUGGCAACAUGGGAUAUUUUAAUGGGAGAUGUAUAUUUUAUAAUAUAAUCUACAUUUCUAGAUUAGUAGAGACUAUUGAGUACAGUAUAUGUACAAAAGCAGCAUAUAUCAAAUGUGAAAUACUACAGUAUUAUUAUUAUUAUUAUUAUGAUAGAUUAUAGCAUUGUGUGAUACUACAGCUGUGUGGCAUAUCCAGACUCAGUACAUGUGAAAAAUGAUUUCAAAUGAGUAUUAUCUUGAGUUUGUGAGUGCUGGGUCAGGUUCACAGGGUAUAACUGGCAAGAGUGUUUAUUGCCAAGUAUGAUCCUCCUUAGGCCUACUGUAUAUCUGUCUGUGGUUCUAACAACAUAUACUGCUGUACCCCCUCCCUGUAUUUCCCCUUUAGAACCAACUACAUGUGCCUAACCAGCUAUAUGUGGAGGUUUUCUUUGAACACAGUUUACAGUAUAUAUAUAUAUAUAUAUAUAGAAAGAUAUGUAAAUAGAAAAAGUAUACAAAUCUUCAGAGAAUAUUGUUAAAGAAAAUGUUUUUAUCAAAUUGACACGCCAUCCUUUGUCUCGCUCACUGUCACUCGCAAUACACACAUAAGACUGACGGAUUUUGUUGAUGUUACUACUGCAUGUUUUAUGUCAAACCUCCUUUGAAAAAUGUUGCAGAAUCUUGACUGAUAAGAGUACAUUUUGUAGCUUAUGAACCCUUUUUUGUGAUUGAAAACUAUUGACAGGAUUUUACAAUGCCGUUAUUAAAUGAGUCAUACCUUUGUACGAAGAAGACAUCCUUGGAGGACUUAUGACACUUGGCAAUCAAUGCUUUGAUUUGAAUCUCAGAAGAACAAUUUAACAACCUCCAUGUAAAACAAGCUGCCCUGGCAAUUACAAAAAAGGGCUGAGAAUCAGUCGACAUGUUUAAUUCAUCUGCAGCACUGUGGGUUGCAGCCCUUUUUGUCGACUCAUCCUCCUCUGUUCCCCUCAAAUUCAACAACAUCAAAGUGGUGUUUCACACAGCCCUCAUCAAACAAAGCACAAAUACCUGCUUUUCUACUGUUACUCCACUGUGAAGGCCUCUUGACUCCACCCUCACAAUCCUCAGACCUACACACAGAGGGGUGGCAUGGUCUUUCCAUGAGGAGUCGGCCUUGAGGAACACCAGGAAUCAAAGAGGCUUUGUGGGAUUUUUAUCCACCGUAGCAACUACUACUUCUUCUUCAAUUCUCGCUUGACUUUGUCCUCUAUACUAUUGAUCACGUUACGGUGUUAGCCAGCCACCUUGCCUUGAAACAGGUCCAUAGCAAACACAUUUUGGUGGUUUUUGAUUUCCUUUGUUCCGUAUUUACCCAUCUUCACAGUAUAAAUACAGGAGCCUCAGCUAGAAAUAGCAGCCUGGGUGUAUAUUGGACAAACAUGAUCUGAGCACUCACCAACACACCACAAUGACUGCUAUACGAACCCUUUCACCUCUUUCUAGAAGUGCAAAAACCACUCGUGGACAGCCAGACGGACAGGACACCUCAGAGUACCUCAGUUUCUAGCAGCAGUGUCUCCAACCCCGACCCAUGCCACUGCGCUCAGGGGAUUCUCUCACACAGACGGACCCUGAUAAUACAGGAUCAGUCCCGCGGGAAUGUUGUCCAUGUUCUCUGAAUAAAAAGGGGCAAUCAUUUGAGCCCAGAUUCUCUUGUAGCCAUUUUCUGAGACUGGCAGAGCAGUGAAAGAUGUUGUGGUCGUAUAAAGAGCUCAAUUGUAGCCAAUGUGUGUGGGCUGUACUGUAUGCUGUGCAUUUGCAACAAAGUGCAACAGAAGGGAUGCUGUAGCAGCAGAUUUGAGUUUGAGUUAUUCAGAUAUUUCUGAGGCAGAGCUGCUCUGGAGGAAAAAGCAAAGUCACUGGAGGUAAACCUCAGUGGGAGAAGCAAAGGACCUUUUUUGUCUGGCUUAGUAACCAGAGCUGUGAGCUGUGGCUUCUUCUUCUUCUUCUUCUUCUUCCAGUACUCCCUGCAAUAUUUAAAAUAUACCAACUAUCAAAUAAAUAAGAAAUCAACCAUUUGAUGUUUUGAAAAUGCAUUUUUGAUUAGCACUCACAGUCCGCAAUGCUUAGGGAACAAUAGGACAUUUUGGGAUAGCAUUAGCAGUAACUUUAUACACAUUAGUAGAACAGUAAACAGUGAAGCUGAUAUUUAAUAAAAUAACACUGGAUUGUAUUGUUAUGGUUAUUAUUAUAUGCCAAUUUGUUGUAAAUAUGUAGACAAUUUCAAUCAGACCCCAACACAAAACUGGUAACCCCGAUAAACAAAAGGCAUUACAGAAUGUAAAUACAUUCAAUGGCCUUUGGUGAGAAAAAGACAACCACCAACAGUAUCAAAAAAGGGUCCAUUUUAGUUUUGAUUUAAUUUUAAGAAUUGUAACUCUAAUUCUCAUCUAUACCAAAUCUACAUUAAAAUAUGUAUUUGUUCCCUCCUCUUAGAGGUUUUACUUCACAGCCCCAGAGCAGCUUAAACCCCAGAAGAGUCUAACUGAAACUCCAAUGUGCCUUUAGCACUGAGGUGUAAAUGUGCUCAUAUGUGUGUGUUUGGUGUGUGCGUGUGUGUAUUUACACUGUAGUGUUGCUUUACAGUACACACACAGGUAACCAUGUGGGUCAGAAACAACUGAGCAAUUACUGUGUAAUUAUCAAAAUCCUACCCUGCCACCCUAGCGUUUACAAACAUGUAAAUACCUGUUGCCAAUGGACAUUGCUAUUCUCAAUAUGACAUAUAUUGUUAUAACAAUAUGAUUAUUAUUAUUAGUAUGAUUCUUGUCAUUAAAAGGAUUCAUUAUUGCAA